CCAUCAAAACUAAACCUCGCAGUCGGUCGGAGAACAAGGGGAACAGGUUGAAAAGAGCUGCAUGCUUGUAAAAUCAAAUACUGUCGGUUGCAGGUUGUAACCGGACCUAACACACAAGCUGGAAGGUCUCAGCGCAGCGUGGGUGCCCAGGGAUCCACUGCCUGAGUGUGGGGAUAGCAGCGGCCGAGACCCCAGAGACAUGAACCACACCAAGGGUGGCCUGGUCAUCUUCACCGCCAACUCGCACCCCUCCAGCCGUGAGCUGGGCAAGAGGAUUGCAGAGCGGUUAGGGGUGGAGCUCGGCAAAGUGCAGGUAUACCAGGAAGCUAACAGGGAAACACGGGUACAGAUCCAAGAGUCAGUGCGAGGCAAAGAUGUCUUUGUGAUCCAGACAGUGUCCAAGGAUGUGAACACCACCAUAAUGGAGAUGCUGAUCAUGGUGUACGCGUGCAGGACGUCCUGUGCCAGAAGCAUCACGGGAGUCCUCCCCUACUUCCCCUACAGCAAGCAGUGUAAGAUGAGGAAGAGGGGCUCCAUCGUCUCCAAGCUCAUUGCCUCCAUGAUGUGUAAAGCUGGUCUCACCCACCUGAUCACCAUGGACCUCCAUCAGAAAGAGAUUCAGGGCUUCUUCAACAUCCCAGUAGACAAUCUGAGAGCCUCGCCCUUCCUGCUGCAGUACAUACAGGAAGAGAUCCCUGACUACAGAAAUGCUGUGAUUGUGGCCAAAUCCCCAGCUUCUGCCAAAAGGGCUCAGUCGUUUGCAGAACGGCUGCGUCUGGGUAUAGCGGUGAUCCAUGGCGAAGCUCAGGACGCAGAGUCAGACCAGGUAGACGGGCGACACUCCCCACCAACCGUCAAGACUACUGGAGCCAUUCACCCCAGCAUGGAGAUACCAUUGUUGAUCCCUAAAGAGAAGCCUCCCAUCACUGUGGUCGGAGACGUAGGAGGACGCAUCGCCAUCAUAGUGGAUGACAUCAUCGAUGAUGUCGACAGUUUUGUGGCGGCAGCGGAGACGCUGAAGGAAAGAGGGGCCUACAAGAUAUACGUCAUGGCAACACACGGGAUCCUCUCCUCAGACGCCCCCAGGUUCAUAGAGGAGUCUGCGAUCGAUGAGGUGGUGGUGACCAACACAAUUCCCCACGAGCUCCAGAAGCUUCAGUGUCCGAAGAUCAAAACGGCUGACAUCAGCAUGAUCCUGUCCGAGGCCAUCCGCCGGAUCCACAACGGAGAGUCCAUGUCCUACCUGUUCCGCAACAUAGGAGUGGAUGACUAGACAACCUGUCACAUACAUACACUAACACACACACACACACACAGAAACAGAAUCAUACCAACAGGUUCCCUUUUGCCUUCUUAGACCUCUCCAGACACAGCGAUGAAUGAGAAACAGAUACACACAGAAAUAUAUCAUAACGUACAUUACAAAAUGUUAAACCUUUCCUUUGAGUGCAGCUUAACAUAGAAGAUGACUGAAUACACACGCACAUAGAUGAGGGAACACCUCCAUAAAGUAGUCUUGUUUUAUAGCUGUGGCUGAACACACACACUGGUCUGUGUCCUAAACGGACUCUACUGCCUGUCUCUCCAACGGCUGCCCUCGUUUUUUUACUCUCAUCUUUCUGAGUUCCUCCGUUAGUUACUUCUCCGUCUCGUCUGCUUUUUUUUCCUCAUAUGUUUCUACUGAAAUUAAUGUCGCUGUUAAAUCUGUGCUCGUGACAACGUGAUAUUUGUUGGCAUCGAAUGUCUCUUUGUGAUACUACUAGUAAAGGAGAUUGUACUGCGAGAGCGCCGGUGCCUUCUACGGGACGUACUCGCAACACACAGGCCUUCAUCGCUGCGAUACACGACGGGGUCUCAGCUGAUGAUACUAAUUCAUAAUGGCCCUUGUAAUUAAUCCAGGAUUACGCAGGUUCCCAGCUAAUUAACUUGCGUAGAGUAUCAGAGUGGGUGUUUUAAAUCCAAACCUCUGUCAGUUUUUGUUUAUUUAUGUUGUGUCUGAUCGUGCUACUAAGAUAGUUGGUUGAGACUCGACCAGUCAGCCGUAUGUCUGUGGGGUUGCCAUAGCACUUAGAUGCUAAUCUGGUGUCAAAUCUUCUAAUUGCUCAAGAUCAACUGGAAAUAAUGCAGGAAACAUUUUCUCGGUUUAGUCAGUUGGACGCUACAAACCUUUUCUGGCAGCACACCCGUGGAAUAUGUAUUCACGUGUGCCAUCUUUUCAAUGCCUCCUCAUGUCAUGCCACUAAUGAGCAGUUCCCUUCCAGCUGGAGGACUGUGGAUCCAAGAGAGUCACAUUUGAACUUCAAAAAAAAUGUCACUGAGUUUAACUUUGUUCACAGUCAUUUGGAAAUGGGUAAAUUCAUCCUCGAUCCACUGUGAAAGAGACAAGACGAAGUUUGUUAGAACACGUUACACCGGAGUUUCAAAGACUGAAAUUCUGAACCGCAGGUAAAGCUGUAAAAGUAAAUUGAGGCUUUUUCUGACAAGCAAAACCUGACAGAAGCAGGUCUUUGUCACUUUACCAGAUAUGUUGCAAAAAAAGUUUUGUAUUUAUUUUCUGCACUUACUCUGAAUAAAUAUGAUAUAUGAAAGUAAA